AGGAAACUCCCUACCCCACAACCUCCCGCCCUUCCUUUCAGAAACCCUCAUCUAUGCUUGGGUAACCGGGAUGCUACCCAAGAUGAGGCCAAUUCCCCUCCUUUCGAGCUGCUUGGCGGCUCUCUCGAGCUUCGCUUUCGCCGAAUUGAAUCUGUCGCAGCCGCUGCUAUCGAAGCAGGUGCUACCUAGCACGUUCAAACCCCCGCAAGUUUUUAAGAAUGCCAAUCUGGUCCGGACGACGAAUCUGGAUAAGGCGUAUCCCAGAGAGACCAUCAAUGUCAUAAUUGAGAACAUUGAUUCGAAACCGCAGUCGGAAUAUUAUCUCCCAUUUGAGGCGAGCUUGAUAUCGAGAAUUGGCGGACUGGAGGUCAAGGAUAAGAAGGAUGCUGAAAAGGGGAGCUUUAAAGUAGAGGUGGUCGAGUUUGAUGUCGAAAGCUCCACCGAGUUCUACCUGAUCCACCUACCGACCCCUCUUGCUCCUAAACAGCAGCAGACCCUCAGUAUCUCCUAUUCCGUUCUCUCCGCGCUCGCGCCCGUACCCGCCCAGAUCGGCCAAUCGGACAAGCAGUACGUACAAUACACCUUCAGCGCCUACACUCCCUCUGCCUACAAAACGGAGAAGCAGAAGACCAAGAUAAAGUUUCCGAACGGCGACAUCCCCGACUACACCACCCUCCCCGCCGAUCUUAAUGCCGAAAAGAAGGCCGAUCCGCAAAAGCAAGGCUCAACUUUCACAUACGGACCGUACAAUGAUGUCCCGGCUGGUGCGGAGGAGUUUGUCAGUGUGCGCUACGAGUUCACAAAGCCGCUCACGCACGCCUCGCUGCUAGAGCGCGACCUCGAGGUCUCGCACUGGGGUGGUAAUCUGGCAUCCGAGGAGCGCUACUGGGUUACCAACCAGGGCGCGCAGCUCAAGAACCACUUCUCGCGCGUCGAGUGGCAGAAGCAAUCCUACAUGAACCCGCCGACCUCCGCCUUAAAGGCGCUCAAUCUGCCCCUGCACCCCGGUGCUAUGGAUCCUUACUUCACAGACGACAUCGGUAACGUCUCGACCUCCCGUUUCCGACCAGGCAAGAAGGAAGCUUUGUUGGAGUUGAAGCCCCGCUACCCUGUCUUUGGAGGAUGGAAGUACAGCUUCCGCGUUGGCUGGAACGCGGAUCUAUCGACCUACCUCCGCAAGCUCUCGACGGGCGACUCUUACGUGCUCAAGGUUCCAUUUUUAGAGGGCCCUCGUAUCGGCGAGGGCAUUGCGUACGCGCGAGUCCAUCUCCGCGUUGUUCUCCCUGAGGGCGCCAAAAACGUGAAGUACUCUACCACCGUCCCGCUGGUAGACAGCCACAAUAGCCUUCAUAAAACGUUCAUGGAUACCAUUGGCAGGACGACUUUGGAAUUGCACGCCAUCAACCUCGUCGAUGAGUUCAGAGAGAGGGACCUGAUUGUUACAUAUGACUACCCUUGGACUGCUGGGUAUAGGAAGCCGAUUGUCAUUACGUUGGGUAUGUUUGCGGUGUUCACCGUCGCUUGGGUAUUGGGCAGCAUUGAUACUAGUAUUGGGAAGAAGAAGAUGGCGUAAGGGCUGCUUCAAGUGGGAGGAGAAAGGCUCGGAAUGAAGGAGACCGAGCCACUGGGAUAAGGAUAAAAGUCCUGUAGGAGUACGGAAGGUCGGAUUUUACUAUUUGAUGAUAGGUACCCCUUUUCGUUACCAUGUAGAACAAUUCAAGCGGGUUACAGGUUCA